AUGAAUGCCAACUGCUCCGUGCUCCUCGCCUAUUCAUCUUCCAUCCCAUUGAAACUGUCAAUGUCCUAUAGCCUCUUGCUCUCAUGCAUCGGGUUCCCAAUAUUUGCAUGGGCCUCCGUGAAACUGUGGACCGGUGUCUACACGAAAAGUUUCCAUCGCAACUUCCGACUGAUCGUUCAAAUGCACCUAUUCGGGUUCAUGUUGCAUUGCAGUGGACGGAUUGUGCUUCACACGUUGGAUCUGUUCAAUUACACCUUCUUGCAGCCAUGUGAUAUGAUUCCCAAUAUUUAUCGAUGCUUCAUCUUCCGUCUCAUGUACAACUUGGGUUUUUGGAUCACCCACUGCACAGCAAUUCCUCUUAUCAUCGAACGGUAUAUCGCGACCCGUCUGAUGGGAAAAUACGAGAACAAGCUCGUCUGGCUUGGCAUCCUUCUUGCCUGUAUGCAGCCUUGCCUCGCCGCGAUUCCCCUCUACUUCGCCUACAUGAACCUCCGUUUUGAUGGAGUCUUUAUGCCCUACUGCUCCGUUUACAAACCCGGAUCCCCAACGAUUGCUAAUAUCAACUCAGGAGUGGCGAUUUGUGCUCAAGUUGUGGCUCGUAUCCUGUUUGGAUUCCUGUUUAAUGUUAAUAAAAACCGCCGCGUCCGAAUGCAAACCUCUCCGUUGUCCACAAGAUUCCAGCUGGAGGAAAAUAAGAUGACUAUGCAAUGUCUCUCCAUCUACGCCAACUUCAGCUCCGUUUUCCUGUUCAUCCAAAUUUUCUCCUUUAUCUACUUGCUCAGUGUCUCCCCAGAAAUGCCAAAAGAGCAUUAUUUGGCUUGGAUGGAAUUCAAUGCUCAAUUCCCAUUAUACGGUAUCGUUUCAGUGGUUUUGGUAGCUCGUAAGAUCAGUUCGCUCCGCAGCAGUAUCAACACGAAUCUCAACCAACAAGUCCACCUGAAUGAAACCAAGACGUAUUUCGACAUCUUCAACAAACAAAUCGGAAAUAUUGGAAAGACACAAAAGAAGAAAAAGUGA